AUGAAGAUUCAGUGUAUUGGCAAUAAUGUAUUCAUUUGCAGAACAAGACAACUCAAGAUAUUAUUUAACUGUCCACUAGAGACAAAAACACUAAAUAAACAACAGCAAGAACAAGAACAACAACAGGAAACGCGUUCUGAUCUCUCUUUUAUCUUGUCGCGCUAUUUUAGCGAGCAAGGUAAAAGAGCGACAGACACACAGUAUUCUUCAGUGACCAGCGCAAUAAAUAAUUGUGAUGAACAGACUGUGUUUAGAAUACCAGACUUUCGAUUGAUUGAUAUUCACACCAUUGACCUUGUUGUGAUUGCAAAUAGUGAAUGUAUGCUUGGAUUACCUUAUUUAACUGAAUAUAUGGGAUAUAAAGGAAAAAUUAUUGCUACUGAACCAACCAUUGAAUUUGCAAAACAACGUAUGGAAGAACUCGUCAUCUAUCACAGCCAAAACAUAUCAUGCAUCGACCCAGGCUCAUCCCGAUACCUGACUCAGCUUCUACCCAGCUCGAGUAUUCCUGAAGGUUGGCGAUCGAUUUAUACCCUGAGAGAUAUCGAAAGCUGUAUUGAAAAGAUUCAACCCGUACGAUAUAAUGAGAGUUUACUCUUAUUUUCUACACUGCGUCUUGUCGCUCAUAGCUCUGGCUACUGUCUUGGUAGUGCCAACUGGUUGUUAGAAACGAGUUUUAAGAAAAUCGUCUUUUUAUCAACAACCUCUAAUUUCAACCAUUUGCAUCCUGCUCCUUUUGACCAAACCGUCUUGGCGGAUGCAGAUGCUGUUAUUGUUGCAGACGUGGUUGAGCCUUCUUCGAAUCAUAUUUCAUUUGAUAGAGCCAUGACCAAACUACUUGCACAUACGGCGCGAGCCCUUCGAUCCAAUCAUAAUGUCUUGAUCGCUUCUCCUUCUAUGAACAUAUUAUUUGAUCUCAUCGGCAUGAUUCAAGCCUAUCUCAAGUCGAUAGGCGGAAAAGAGAUCGGUCCAGAUAGGCACGAUAUACCCAUGUACGUGGCGAGUCCCAUUGCAGACAAGAGUUUAAAGUACGCCAACAUUUGUGGUGAAUGGAUGAAUUUAGAUCGACAAAGUUUAUUGUACGAGCCUCAUAUGCCUUUACCCCAUGGUCAGUUGAUGAAGACAGGCGCCUUAAAGGUCAUUCCAUCACUUGAUUCGACUGCUCGAUUGCUUGGUUCAUGA